AAAAAAGUCAACAGGGCACAAGAACGAGAAAAGUAAAAAGAAGAAAAAGUUGUCGUGCAUGUUUCAUAAGUUGUGUCUCGUUUGUCACGUAAUCCAGUAUCAGUCAGUAACGUAGUUAUUGCUUAACUACUUGGUAUUCAAAAAAUUGUAUAUGGUUCAAACAAUCAGUGGAAUCUCUUGGAAUUAAUUUAGUGUCUACGUUGUACUGGAAGGUCUCGAAUCGGCUAUGGCUGCUGUGGAAGUACAGCAUCCUGUUGAUGUUUCUUCGGAUGUAAUAGUCGUUAAAGCAAAACCCAUUCGGAAAGUAUUCAAAGGAGCGAGUAGAGUAAUUAAUAAAAUUCCCCUAUCACUGAUUAACGAUCCAGAACUGAAUGCUGCAAUCAGUGUGUUACCAACAAAUUACAAUUUUGAAAUUCAUAAGACGAUUUGGCGUAUCCGAGAAAUGAAAGCAAAACGCGUCGCACUACAAAUGCCCGAAGGUCUUUUAAUGUUCUCGUUGGUAAUAUGUGAUAUUAUCGAGCGGUUCACUGAGUCGGAUACUAUCAUAAUGGGAGAUGUUACAUAUGGAGCAUGCUGUGUUGAUGAUUUUACAGCUAAAGCCUUGGGAGCAGAUUUGUUAGUGCAUUAUGGACAUAGUUGUCUUAUUCCAGUGGACCAAACGGCCGAUAUUAAAGUGCUGUAUAUAUUUGUAGAUAUUAAAAUAGACGCACUACAUUUUAUUGAAAGUGUAAAAGUUAAUUUUACAAAUGAUCGUAAAUUAGCACUAGUUAGUACGAUUCAGUUUGUCGCUACACUACACUCAGUUGCUAAAGAACUUCGUGGUGCAAAUUAUGAUGUAAUGAUUCCUCAAUCUAAACCACUUAGCCCCGGUGAAGUACUUGGUUGUACAGCACCUCAUCUCACGGAUGAACGUGUGUUAAUUUAUCUAGGCGAUGGACGAUUUCAUUUAGAAGCAGCCAUGAUUGCGAAUCCAGUCGUCGAAGCGUAUAAAUAUGAUCCUUAUGAAAAAAAAAUUACACGAGAAUAUUACGAUCAUCAUGAGAUGCAAAAAAAUAGGAAAAAAGCUAUAGAUGCUAGUAAAAAUGCAAAGAAGUUUGGUCUUAUUCUGGGGACAUUAGGAAGACAGGGUUCAACCAAGGUGAUGGAGCAUUUACAAAAACGACUAAAGUUCCAUAAUAAACAAGCGGUUUUUAUUCUGUUGUCGGAAAUAUUUCCAAGCAAGCUGGAAUUGUUGAAGGAUAUCGAUGCUUUUGUUCAGGUUGCUUGUCCGCGACUGUCCAUAGAUUGGGGCACCGCUUUUCCGAAGCCACUCCUGACUCCGUACGAACUCGCGGUUGUACUUGGAGACACAAAAUGGAAAUUCGAAGAUGAUCAAGACCUCAUUCAGAGUGGACAAUCUUCAUCCGAUGACGUUCAAAUAUCACGUGGCAGUCCCAAUGUCUAUCCAAUGGACUUCUAUGCUAAUAAAAGCUUGGGCGAGUGGACUCCAAAUCAUAAGCCUUUGGAUAUCUGCGAAAAUUCUCUGGAUGGUGGAUGUUGUGGGAGAUGUACAGAGGAGAAGAAUAAAACAAAGAUUCUUGAACUACCCUAAAAAUUCUGUGUUCAUUUCUUUCAGAAAAUGAUAUGCCACAUUUAAAACCUAGUACAGCAGUAGACGAUUUACCGGCAAGAUUACCAUACGCUUAUUCGAAAAUAUAAAGUCUAGCAGGUGGUUGAAAUUGAAAGAAUAUUCCAGGCAGUAGAAUAAUC